UCUAGGUGUGGCUUAUCGAGGACGUUAUCUUACAAUCAAAGUGAUUAACCUUUUGUUUAGUUAUUAAUUGUGCGAAUGCGCUAAUUCUAUAAAAAAAUAUCAACUCGUAUUAUUACAUUGCGACAAGCUUUUAACAAUGACUUACCGCAAUAAAGAGCAGUUAGUUCCAUUAAACUAUUUGGAAACGAAUCUGGAUACAACAUACAGUGACUCUAGAUUAAGUUUAAAUUCGGUACAAACUUGUUUAGAAUCUAUAGACGAUCGUAGAGGUUGCUGCGAAAAAUGUCUCACUCGCAUACCUUAUGCCACUCUCAUUGCAACUAUUAUGUGUGCCCUGGGCAUCAUAAUAUUUUGCAGUACGAUGUACCGAGGUUCAACGCUUACACUUCUAAUGUUUAGUGAGGUCUUCAGUACACAGCUUGGUUGGAUAAACACUGUGAAAAUGACAUUCGUAUUAAUUGGUGCUUGUAUGGGAGCUCUAGGUCUUAUGGUUUUAACAGUUGGCUUCUUGGCUACUGGUGCAACAAGGCAUAAGGUUUAUAGAGGUUGGGGUUCCAGAGUAACGGGAAGACUAAGUUGUGCGAUUUUCUUGGGAAUUACAUAUAUCCUUCAAAUAGUUUGGCUAAUGAAAUUCUGUUUCUUAGUUAUUGUAACGUUUGUCUUUACUGUAUUUUGGAAAAUGUGUGAAAAUCCUAGAGUAGCUUCGUUACAGGAUGAUAUAGAUUUAACUCAGUUUUACUUUUUGUUUCCAAGUGGCACGAGACAAGAACACAUGAAAGUAUCCGGCGAGAGUAAUGUAAAAGCUUUUUGCAAAGAUUACGUUGAGAAGGUGGAAAUAAUGUUUAUCUUAGCUACUGCCUCGGUAGUUUUGGUUAUUCUAAGCCUGGUGCAUUAUCUCAUGUGUUUGUCAGCUAACUAUGCUCAUAUCAGGAACCAAGAAAAGUUUCUUCAGUUACAAGACUUGCAAAUGGUUAAUGAUACCGAUUUAUUGUCGGGCAAAAAUAAAUUCUAGGAUACGUCCCGGGAAAUUCAUAUGCCUGAUCUCAGCUGGCAAAUUUAAAUUGCUUAAAUGGAUAGUGUACCCAUUAAAACAUAUCUCAGCUAUAGGAAUUUCCCGGAUAUCUAUAUAUGUGUAUAUUUUUCCACUUUUACAUAAUCAUUUGUUGAAACCUAAGCACAAAUACGAAAAUAUAUCAUAUUUUGCUUAGUAUGUAGGAGAAUACAAUAUAUUGGAAAUGUGACAAUAUAUAUCUUUGUAUUUUAUAUACAGUGAACUAAACUAUUUUUCACAGAAAAUGUAACUGCACAAUAAUGAAAGUGGAUUCUUACUUUUAAAAGUUUCAUAUUUUUAAGGUUAUAUUUAUUACGUAGUAAACUUGAGCUUUAGAACUUAGAACUGAAUAUUUAAUUUAUUAAUUUCUAUUGUAGUAUUUAGGUUGUAUUGUGUUAUUUGUCCGUCCAAAAAUAUCCCUAUAUGUAACAUUCCUAUGUUUGUCUUACUAUGAAAAUACUAGUACCUCUAUUGUACCUUACCUAUAUACACUUAGAUUAGUUAAUUAAUUGUAGUAUAUAACCCUCAUUAUUUUGCUUGAAUUUCAGAGCUAUUUUCCAGAUUAAGGACUAUUUGUUUAUGUACUUUGUAUUUUGUGAUUGUAGUAUUGCUUGAACACUAAUUUAGUAAAAUACAGUUAUCUCUUUUAUUAUUAUUGGUUAUAGCUUUAGUUUCUAGAUGUAUGUUAGGGUUUUUGCAAGAAAUUGCCUAUAUUUUGUCUAUAAAAUGAAGAAAAUAUUUUAAUAAGUCUAAAAAUAUAUGAAGGAUAUUUUCAAAUUUUGUUCUUAGCUUUUAAGAACCUGGCUCAUUGAGAAAAAAGAUGUAUAACUUUGUUAUUUCGUAAAAUAAUAGCUGGACUGUAUACUUUUGUAACCUUUUGUAAUAAAAACACUUUUGUAAAAAA